CUUCCGACUACGCGUUUCUGUAAUAAAUUUCGAAUCGUGGGCAUUUGACCGUUCUCAUCACCGUGGAGGGGAGAAAUCGUGAGCUUACGCCUUUAGAGGCACACAGAGGGAGAGAGAGCAAGAGAGAGAGAGAGAGAGGAAUUGGAAGGCUAUCGACGAACAAUGGAGGGCGAGUUGAAGGAGAUUCUUGCAGAUCUCGACGAUCUCAAAGGGGUGGUCUCCGAACCAGAUCAUCGCGAACGUAUCGAGAAGAUAAAAAAGCGUGCUGAACGCAUUGGUGGUUUCGUAGGAAGCUCGCAUGUGCGGCGGCAGAGAGUGAAGGAUAUGAGCGCUGAGGUUGUGGAUACAAAUCCUUACAGUAGGCUGAUGGCUCUCCAAAGGAUGGGAAUAGUGAAGGACUACGAACGGAUAAGGGAAUUCUCUGUUGCAGUUGUAGGAAUAGGUGGUGUUGGUAGUGUUGCUGCAGAAAUGCUUACAAGGUGUGGUAUUGGCCGACUACUGCUUUAUGACUAUGACACAGUGGAGUUGGCUAAUAUGAAUAGGCUAUUCUUUCGCCCAGAACAGGUUGGGAUGACAAAGACAGACGCUGCUGUUCAGACAUUGUCAGACAUUAAUCCCGAUGUUGUUCUUGAGAGCUAUACAUUCAACAUCACAACUGUUAAAGGCUUUGAGACUUUUAUGACUAGCCUGACUUCUGGUCACAUUGGCUCCAACAAGCAUUUCACUGGAGUCGAUCUAGUCUUGAGCUGUGUUGACAAUUAUGAAGCUCGCAUGGUCGUCAACCAGGCUUGCAAUGAGCUCAACAAGACAUGGAUGGAGUCUGGUGUCUCUGAAAAUGCUGUUUCUGGUCAUAUACAGUUGUUGGUUCCUGGGGAAACUGCUUGUUUUGCUUGUGCUCCUCCUUUGGUUGUUGCGUCUGGGAUUGAUGAGCGCACUCUUAAACGAGAAGGUGUCUGUGCGGCUUCUUUACCAACUACCAUGGGGGUUGUAGCUGGUCUCUUAGUUCAGAAUGCCCUUAAAUUCCUUCUCAAGUUUGGACAAGUGACCAAAUAUUUGGGAUACAAUGCUCUAAAAGAUUACUUCCCAACAAUGGAAAUGCGACCAAAUACACAAUGUUCAAAUGCAGCUUGCUUAGAACGCCAGAAAGAGUACGCCCAAAUGGAACCAAUAAGAGAUGCUGAAGCUAAGGCAAUGAUGGAAACCCAAGCAUUGUCAGAUGAGGGGCCACUUCAUGUUGACAAUGAGUGGAACAUUAGUGUCGUUGAUGAUGAUGGAUUGGAGGUUUCUCAGGUCUGCAGAACAACAGAUGCUCUUCCAGAUGGUCUUGCACGUGAGCUUCCAGACGCAGAUGAUUUUCAUCAUGACCUUCCAACAUCAACGACUGCGUCCACCUCAUUUGAUCUUGAAGACCUUCAAAAGCAACUGGAUGCUCUCAAUGCUAGCUGACUUGAGGACAUCCUACCAUGAUUUUGGCUUACCAACUCGGAUGACGAUUGGUGGCGGCUAUGACAAAGGGCACGUCUACAUCCUGACGACUCCUAUGGGUCUUGCUGCUACCUCCUCUACAUCAGACUCUACAUUCUUACAGUGGCAUCUCAGGCUCAGUUAUCCUUCAGGGCCCAAGCUCCAUUCUAUCCUACCUAAUCUCUCAGUCCCAGAGUCUUUGUAGUGUGAAGCUUGUCAACUUAGCAAGCACACUCGUAGUAGUUUUUUUUUGAAUUUCAGUCCGUCGAGUCAAGGGUUGUUUGAUCUUCUUCAUGUUGAUGUGUGGGGGCCUAG